CAAGAUGGAAGAUGCUAGCACGUGGAAUGAGGACAGCAGUGGCUCUGGCAGCAGUGAUGGAGAGGAAGGCAUGGAAAUGGAAGAGAAGGCUCAAGGGGGGAAAGAGGAGGCAGGGAAGGUUCAAGGGAGAGGGAUCUACGUGCCCGGGCAGGGCCCUCCCCCAGCGCCUGGAGAGGAACUGGUGAUGGAUGAAGGAGCGUAUCGGCUCUACCACCGUGCAGGGACAGGUGCUCCUUGCUUGAGUUUCGACAUCUUGCGAGACGCCCUUGGAGAAAAUCGAACUAGCUACCCGCUGAGUCUUCUCCUUUGUGCCGGAACCCAGGCUGAGUCUGCCAAUGCCAACAGAUUGAUGGUCAUGAAAAUGCACAACCUCCAUGGAACCAAACAAGCCUGCAAGGAAGGUUUGGGGGCAGAGAGCAGCAGUGACAGUGAAGAUGAUGACGACGACGACGACGAUGAUGAAGAGAAAAAACCCCAGCUGGAACUGGCCAUGGUCCCCCAUUAUGGGGGUAUUAACAGAGUUCGGGUGACAGAGUUUGGUGGGUCACAGAUAGCAGCCGUUUGGUCCGAGAAAGGGCAGGUGGAACUAUACAACCUACGCCAAGCCCUAGUCGCUGUGUCAGACCCUCAAGUGAUGGCUGCCUUCCUGCGAGAAGAGCAGGCUAAAAUCAAACCCAUCUUUUCCUUUGCUGGUCAUAUGGUGGAAGGGUUUGCCAUGGACUGGUCCCCCAAGAAACCUGGCACUCUUCUAACUGGUGACUGCAACAAAAAUAUCCAUUUGUGGACACCCAAGGAGGACGGCUCGUGGUUUGUAGAUCAGCGGCCUUUCACAGCCCACACUAAAUCAGUGGAAGACCUGCAGUGGUCUCCCAGUGAAGCCACGCUUUAG